AUGAAGUUUACUGCUUGCUCUCUCCUCCUCGCAGCCAGCUCGGCUCUUGCAGCCCCGGCUCUGACAGCCCGCGGCGGCUCCCUCACCCUCACCGACUUCACUGCCCGGGCGUCCGCACAGUCGCGCACCUCGACCAUCUCCUUUACUCUCGAGGACGCGGUCAACUACCCGGAUGAUACUCCGACCAACUGUCAAUUGAUCUGGGGCCCCAACGGCGGUCUCCCCAUCGAGAACGCAUGCGAGAACGACCAAUACCUCGUCCGCUUCGCAAAUGGACGGCCCAGCAUCAGCGGCUUCACCUUGGAGCUUGAGAGGGUGUCUGGACCCGUGGCUCAACAAGGAUUCGUGACCAUCAAUGAGAGCGACGAGUACACCUGCGCCUACUCCCAGGGAGUCGAGACCUGCACACACAGCGUUCCCAUUGUUGUUCCUGUCUAG